AUGCAAGGGAGCUCGACCAAGAGCUCGAUCGAGUUGAUGAGCUCGACCAAGAGCUCGAUCGAGUUGAUGAGCUCGAUCGAGUUUCGAGUUGGUGAGCUCGAUCGAGUUGAGGGUCGAGUUGGUCUAACCCUUUCCCAAGGUGAAAGCUAUCAACCAAGACUUGAUCUCAGAAACAGGGGGUUAGCCAGUGAGAAUCAAGCCUUGGAGGCCAUAGGAUCAUUGCUCAAACUAAUCCAUCCAACCCCUAUGAACUCCAUUUCGAGAGCAAGAGUUAUUGGAGCUCUUAGUGGACCUUUUCCAACGAUUUCCAUCACUUCCAUGUGGAGAAUCGCCUAUGGACAUACAAGCCAGGGUAGUGGUCAUGUAGCCUUAAGAAGAGGAUCAAGAGAGAGUCAUGAAGAGUUUUGUUUGCUGCUGAAUGACGACGAGAUUGUUGCUGAUGAGGCUCCUGGAGUCCAGAUUGAUCAACCUGAAGUGCAAGCACCUACUGUAGCCUUUCACACUUCACCAGUUGAGCUCGCACAACAAGCUCGAUCGGCAGCUCGAUCGAGUCGAACUCUAGCUCGAUCGAGUCAGACAUCUUCUGUCCUCAAGCCGAUUUUGCUUGAUCCUUACCAGCCAGUUGAUACAUCAUCAGGCCGCCUACUCAGUCAAAGUCAUAAGGAAGUGAUUCACAAGUUCAGAAGAGACCUAAGUGAGAUUGGAGUUGAGUUGCCUUCUAUGGAAAGCAUGAGUGAGGCCUUUGAGCAAAUGAAGUUGAUUCAAGAUGUUCUGGCUCACAAGGAAAAGGUUUCUGAGCUUCUGGAGAUGUCUACUCACCAAAUCAACCUGCUUACCUCACCUACUUUCUUACCAAAGGUGAAGGAUCAAGGGAAAUUCACUCUCCCUUGCACACUUGGGCAUAUUGAGCUUGACAAUGCCUUGGUGGAUUCUGGUGCAAGCAUCAACCUCAUCUCACUCACAAUGGCAGAAAAGAUUGGCAUUGCUGGAGCAUUGCAGCGCCCUACUACUUCAAUCAUGUUUGGAGAUGCAACUUCAAGUCUCCUCUUGGUGUGUUCAAGAACUAUCACUUGA